AUGUAAUUGUGUUUAAUAUUGAUUACAAGUUACAACGUAUUGUACUAAAAUAUGACCACGAUCCCGUUUUACAGUUACAGUUCACUGAAGACUAGUUUAUGACGCGCGUGAACAAACCCUCUGAAUAGGUGCUUGGGAGGGGCGACACGGCACGCAGUGCUUAAUGCUGUACGACAGUACUGUACCGAGGUGAAUCAGCCAUUGAAAACGAAAUAGCCGGCAUAGCUACAUAAAGACAAACAAUAUUCAUUUGGAUUACACACUACAGCGCGUAUGAUCAUAGUUGGUUAGCUGAUGGAAACGGACAUCUUUAGAAAUGUGCGCAAAUGUCUUUGGCGCUUUGAAAAGCCUGUUUGGGAAGCCCUUUGAUGGUGGGAAGAGGAUGGACCAUGGCAGCCAGCAGCAGCACCCAGCCAUGAAUAGGCUCUAUGAGGUCCAGCGGGAGGUUCAGUCUCUGGGCCCUCAAGUGUGCACCUUCAGCGGGCUAAAGAACGAGCGGGAGUACCGGCGGCUGGAGCGCGAGCUGACCCAGCUGCUCCUGGAAGUGGACCAGGUGGAUACGGAGGGCAGGGCAGACCUACAGGGGGCACGCAAGAGAGCAGCCCAGGAAGUAGAGGGGCUGUUGCGCUACCUGGAGGAGAACGCCACCCACCCGUCCCGCCUGGCCAUCGAGGAGCUGAGCAGGGAUGCCCAGAGGCUGGUGGAGCAGGGUGUGGUGGAGCCUCAGCGGGCCGGGGGCACAGCAGAGAUCAGUGAUGAGCUGGUGGACGCCGUGCAGGAGCUGAUACUGAGGCUCACCCAGGUGAAGACAGGAGGGAGGGUGCCCCUCCGCAAGGCUCGCUACCGGGCCCUGACACGACUGUGUGCUGUGCAAGACAUAAUCGAGGGUCGCACGCGCCAGCAGACCCUUCCCCUGUCGGAAGACACGCACGUGGCCGUGCAGAGGAUCAACCAGGUGAUGGUGCAUGUGAGUGGGGCGCGCAGCCAGCUGGUGGCACUGCUGAUGGGGCUGAGUGGGAGGGAUAGCUGUGCCCACCUCUCCCGCGUGCUCACUGAGCUCCUAGUGGAGCUGGAUGCCCUGGAUGUGUCGGGGAAUGCAGCGGUUAGAAACUACCGCAAACAGGUGGUGGAGGAGAUCAACAGCCUGCUCAAACACCUGGACCUGGAGGGAGAGGGAGACGAUACGCGCAGGUAUGACUUGGGGCAAAAUGACUCUAUCCGUCAGAUUGAGGCGGUGCGUGGUCGGGUGGGCCAGCUGCAGGGGGAAGUCCUGCGACACUGUGGGGUGGGCGACCUCUUCAGGCCUAAGCCUGAGCUCCAGAGUCUCCUCACACAUCUGGACCAGGUAGACACAGCCCGUAACCCCUGUAUCCGUGAAGCCCGGCGGCGUGCCGUGCUGGAGGUCCAGGCUGUCAUCACCUUCCUGGACCUCCGUGAGGCCCUGAUCUGCCGCCAGCCCAGCCCCAACGAGCCCUCACAACACAGGGCUGUGUGGCUAGUCCUGGGCAGCCUGUCAGACCUCCAGGCCCAGGUACUCUGCUUCAAUGGCAAGCAGGCCGACAAGAGCUACAUGCUGCUGGAGGAGCUUCUGACCAAACAGCUGCUGGCUCUGGAUGCGGUCGACCCACAGGGCGACGAGAUGACCAAGGUGGCCCGCAAGCAAGCAGUCAAGUUUGCCCAGAACAUCCUCAGCUUUCUGGACAUGAAGACAGAUGAGUGGGAAUACUGAUCCACUGGAAAAGACUGGACAUAGCUGUAGGAUGCCCUAUGGAACUGUAUAUAAACUGGUGCAUCAUCGCUCUAAGAGAGUUGGGUGUGUAAAUAUUGUCUAAAUCCCAGAAUGCACGGCAGCAGCGCUUUCGUCUCUUUGUGGGGGGGAGCAACCCAAGAACAUUUUUGUGAAACAGAAUUUGGAGGAUAGUGUUCCGACAUACAAUGUGCUUUUUAAAGUUUACAGUGCAUCUUUUUGAAAUCUACUGUAUUUGUGUGCGUUUUGAUCAGUGUUGUUGGGUUGUGGUUGCAAAGCCUGCGGCCAAAAGCACUGAAGCCUGUUAUAGUGGUGGUCAGAGUAGUUAGUCACUUUGUCUGUUUUUCAAAAGCAGGAGUGGGACUAGAGUAAUUACAUCUCGAUGGUAUCCAUGUUUAGCUUGAUUAUUUUGGAGGUCAGUUGUAAAUUUACUCAGCCAAACGAUGUACAUGAUGUCUCAAAUACUUCUUUACUGAGAUGAACCGAGUUUACAUCAGUACUGUGAGACAAGAUCUAACUCUGUUCAUGUUGCUUCUCCACUUCCAUUUGCUCGGUGUCUCUUCCUGGUAAUGCUUUAAUCAACACUUCUGGGGCAAACUACCCUAACCCUGGACGUACACAGCUGUUGCUGGCAACCAUUCAGAUGACAAAUGAAAAGGAGAGCUUCUUUACGGCUUUAACCACAGUCCUACAAUAAUGAGGAGAAGGAGGAUGUAGAGUUAAAGGGCCUGUGAGAACAUUUGUCAAUAGGCGGGUAUGUUAUUAAAGGCCUCCUUGUAUAGAAUGAA